UGCUUUCAAUUUACUUUUGUGCGUUCUCGUUUCGAGUUCCCAUUUCGCGCGAAAAUUAGGCUUGUCCCGUUCCCGUUGAGGGGUCGAAGCGAAUCUCGUGAGAUCGAAAUCGAAGUCAUGGACGCCAAGGAACUCUCCUCUCUCCCCGAGGACGCUGAAGAAGAGUCGCCGCCGAACCCUCCUCCGUCGGCCUUCUCUUCAGUCCCCGAUCGUCCGCCGAUUCAAACUCCACUUCAAAAGUAUGGACCGCUGGAAUGGUCGGGGUAUUUUGACAAAGAGGAAGAUGUUACUAUUCCUGGAACAACAGAUGUCUUCCAUGUAUAUUCUGCUGGAUCCGAUGGACCUGUUGUUUUUUGUAUUCAUGGGGGUGGAUAUACUGGGCUUUCCUUUGCCUUGUCUGCAAGUCAGAUCAAGAAGAAUGCUCGGGUUGUAGCCAUGGAUCUUAGAGGACAUGGGAAGUCAUUCACCGAAAAUGACUGGGACUUAUCUAUAGAGACCCUUUGCUCUGAUGUGGUGAGUGUUUUGAAGGUGUUGUAUGGUGAUUCAUUUCCUGCAAUUGUGCUGGUUGGACACAGCAUGGGAGGAUCUGUUGCUGUGCAUUUGUCGGCGAAGAAAAUGAUUUCAAAUUUGCAAGGAUUAGUUGUGGUUGACGUGGUAGAGGGGACUGCAAUGGCAUCUUUGAUCCAUAUGCAGAAAAUUCUUUCAAAUAGGCCACAGCAUUUUCGUACAAUUGAAAAAGCAAUUGAAUGGAGCGUCAGAGGAGGCUCUUUGAGGAAUAUCGAGUCUGCUCGUAUUUCAGUUCCAUCAACUUUAACUUAUAAUGAAGCAAAAAACUGUUACACAUAUCGGACACCUCUAGAAGAAACUGAGAAAUACUGGAAAGGCUGGUACGAAGGGCUUUCAGACAAGUUUCUUUCAUGUCCAGUGCCAAAGCUGUUAUUGCUGGCAGGAACCGACAGAUUGGAUAAAAUCUUAACCAUUGGCCAGAUGCAAGGGAAGUUUCAAAUGGUUGUCGUGCGGUAUACUGGACAUGCAAUUCAGGAAGAUGCUCAUGAUGAAUUUGCUUCUCUUGUGCUCAACUUCAUUUCUCGUAAUCGCAUUGGUCCUUGUGGUGUUGAGUAAGUAUUGACUCAGGCUGCUCCUUCUCUAUAAGAGUUGAUUUUCGGAGGGAAGGAAGCAUAUAAACGACCAGAACUCCGGUAAGAUACUGCAAUUUUUUCCAACCCGUAAGUGGAGGCAUUUCAAUACCCAGUACAGCUCAAUGGUAAUCAUAUUUUGGGAUCUUCACCGUCCAUUACUCCAACAUAAUGGACUAUGCCACAAUGCAGCUAAAAAUUUUAACGACCUGUUAUCAAUUGUCUGAUAUGGUAGGCUGGUAGCUCACCUGCUUCUGAGUUAAUUUGGUGCAGGUAAUAUUGGGGUUCAUGUUUGGCACGAUGUUAUCAUGAGAAAGAGGCAUCAGUUUCUGGAGCCCACAAGACAUAUUGCAACCAAGAACGACGCAGGGUGGCUUCAUGACUCUCGAAGUCAAAUGGUCCUCGAUCAACUUAGAGUGGUGAGAAGCUUAAAAUAUGUUUUGGCCCGACUACAAGUUCGUGCGAAUUGGACCGAUUAUUGCCUGCAUACAUUUGGCUUUCCAGUUCCAGAUACGUUACCUGACUAGGAUCGUCCCCCUUGUUUCGCCAAGCGAAGCGAUUGUUGCCCGCAUCGCAAAACGACGGCAAAUCCAUUUCCAAGAUGACAAGCAGGAAAAACCACGGACGGUGGCUCGC